AUGUUACUAAAAGAGGUGUUACCAAACGCUCAGGAGGUGAUAGAUUCUGAAGUUGAUGACAAGUACGUAUGGUUUCCGGAGGCUGAUCGGGGUAAUGGUAGCUUCUCAGCAAGCAAUACGUGGAGAGCUCUUCACCCCUAUCUAAUAGAAAUGUUUUGGCAUAAAGUUGUGUGGUUUAAUGGAAGAAUCCCCAAGCAUGCCUUUAUGACAUGGGUGGCGGCUCGAGACAGAAUGGUUACAAGAGAUAGGCUUAUUGGUUGGGGGCUGACGGUUCCAUCCACUUGCGUUCUCUGCGUGGGACACGAUGAGAGUCGACAACAUCUAUUCUUUGAUUGUCACUUUAGUAACAAGGUCUGGUCUUACUUUCUUUCUCGGCUGCACCUAGCUCCUCCGACGGGUUUUGAAGCUGUGUUGAGAUGGCUUAAAGCUCCCUCGAGAGAUAAGAAUGUGGUUCUCAUUAUUAGACUCAUUUUUCAAGUUGUGCUGUAUGUGAUUUGGAAAGAGAGGAACCAAAGGAUUCACACAACAGUGGAAAAGCCUUCAGACACUCUGAUUGCAGAGAUUCAGCAGACGAUUCGGCUCAGAUUGGACCCGUUGGCUCGAAGGUAG